GUCAUCGACACCACACCCAUAUUCUCUGUCCUGCCCAACAUGCCCGGUACACCCAAGGACAAGAAAGCGCCAGACCUACCCUUACGCCUCAGUAGCACAAGCGGCGGUAUAGUCAAAUCCAUUCGAGACCGGCUGCAUGGCGGAAGACGAACACCCCACCCAAGCGACGCAUCCCCUCUGAAUGCUCUCACGGGAGCAACGCUCGUGAAUUCGCCGGACUUUGGACCCGAACGCAGACCUGAUGGCGGUGGACGCUCUACCAUUGACGCCGUGGGUCAACCUGGAGUUAACAAUACGUCCGUCGAGGUCUCCAAGGAAGAUUUCGAGCCAUCGUUGAAUAAUGGGCAUCUCCUGUUCCCGGACACGCGAUCGGUGUUCGCCUUGGAUGUUUCGGGAAGCACCGCAGGGAAAGUUCUCCGCGUCGAGAAAAGCGCAGUGCAGGCUAUCAGUGACGGCCUCACUGCUGCAGGAAAAAGAGCUGCGCACAUCAUACCAUGGAACAACCGCGCCCGCCAAACCCUUCAGCUCGACGAGUUAGACUAUGUCAACUCUGGGGGAGGGACGGACCCGACAGCGCUGCUGACUACGGCGAACUGCAAAGAAUCCCUCAUCCGAAGCGAUCUCUGGUUCCUUUUGACCGAUGGCGAGAUCGAUGACGAUCUCAUUCGGAGCUUUGCCCAUGGAAUCUCCAAUGCGCAACUGCACGGAACUGCUUGUGUUGUGGUCGUCUUCGCCUCUUCCCUGGAUCGUCCAGUCAUGUGCAAUAUCUCAGUCGGCAAAGCAUUGUUCGCAGUUGCGCCAGAUUGCCUGUUCCUCUUCCACGACUUCGAGACUGGGGAUGUUCGCAUUCUCCUGUGCAAGGGGUGUUUCCGAAAACUUCUCCCGGAGAAUAAGGCGAUGCCCUUCAUCAACUACUCCACAACAUGGGAAGAUCUUCCGAAGUUCGACUACCAACAGUUACACGACAUGCAAAUACCGAGACCCCGAAAGCCUGAGCAGGAGACCAUUAUUCUGUCCACGGGUGAACUCCUCGAUCUCAACGAAAUCUACAACAAUUCCCUCGAUGAGACUGCCACCCAGCGCCUGCUAUCUCGCGCGGAAGAUUUGGAUACAUUAGUAUUGACAGCGCAUACAAGAGGUCGGGCAGAUGACGUACGGCGGUGGGUCCACAAGCAAAGAGUACAAGUCCGCGACCCUCUUUACGCUGAUCGACCCGAUGACGAUGGCCGUGGCGCGAGUCUCAUCGUAGCAACGAUUGAGGCACUCAGGGUCCUUGAACGGUCAGGCAGACAAACGACCAUCGAGGAACAGUCUGACCUCCACUCAAGGCUUGAACGUCUCAAAGAAUCGCUUCGUAACGCACAUAGAGAGAAUUGGUUACGGUUCUGUUCGGUUCUUGGGGUUGAGUCCGAGCGUAGGGUUGAUCGGGAAAGGGUUAUCCAGUGUUGCGAUACAGGAUUUGAAGUAGCCAAGGAGCGUUCACCAAGAUGUUCAGCGCCUUGCUCACCAACCUUGAAGGAGCCACACGGGCGUUUACCACCAGCAGUAGCGCGAGCUACUCAGCAAACUGAUUCGCCUGCCACCCGGUUCAAUACUAGGCCAGCCACCGCUCAACAAGCUGCUACCCAAUUACCGGUCCGUCCCCCUACGAGUGUACAGGCCACAACCCCCUUGUCCAAGGACCUUCUUUUCUUGAAAGGUUUUGAGGCUCUUCGGAAGUGUAGAACACUCUAUGAGCAACAACAAAUCGGAGGUGUAUAUGACACAUGCGGCCUCUGUGAGGAGACGGAGGUUAUCAUGUGUCUGCUGCUGAAAGAGCCCCCCAAGGAUCUUCAUACGGAUGCCUUCCCUCCCGUCGGAGCGGACGCGAGGCACAAGUACCCACUCGUGCUUGGGAAUUUUCCGGAGACCGACAUCGUUGCCUCCAUGCUCUGCUGCGACGCAUGUUCUUCGCUCAUGGUUCAGCAUGGACAGAGCGUCGAUGGGGAAAAACUGGUGGCAGCGUUGCCUUUGGUCCCAUUGUAUAAAGCCAAGAACAAGGCCAAUUGGCUAUCCACGCUGUCGAAGGCGUUCCACGGUCGAUUCAACGACGAGAUUCUAGCUUUGGUACUUCUCUCUUCCAUCUGCGGCGCUAUCGACGAUCUAGGUGCCUCUGACUCCCGGCGUAUUGAUGCCACCAUUUCUGGGCUCAGGCAGGCAUGCUUCUACCUCUCCACUCUGCCAUCCGCCAACGAAAUUCCCGGGAAUGAAUCCCCAAUCAUUGGGAUGGACCCGUCAAAAUCGCUUCGAGAGAUCUUGGGAACCGCGCUCGAAAGGAUGCGCAAUGCGAACUGUCAGCUCCUCUUCUAUCCGCUCGAUGGAUUCGUGGUCCUAGUUCAUAUCGCCAACAUGAUCGACCCAGAUGGAUCGAAAAUCUCCACCUUCGUCUGGCUCCGGAUGCUGUUCCAUCUCACUGAGAAACACUAUGCCCUGAUGGCAGAUGCUGGUGAAGAACAGGCAACUGCGGCCCUGUUGGCUAUCCUUGCAGACGACUCCGAAACAGUAGAAGAAAGCACAACCACCACGAAUAGCCACAGCCGUAAGCAGACAAAAACAUCCGUAUCCAUCGGCCAGCUCGAAGGGACGUACCAGCUAAGCUCGGAAGAGCUCGCCACCUUCCAGAGGCUUGGCGAUUCCUUUGUCAAAAUUCGAUCAAGCGCUUCCUUCGCGAUUGCUGCUUAUCUGGAUAUCCUUCUCGAGUACUCUCCUAAAUUUUCAACGCCAGAGGGGUUAUUCGACGAGAUGAAGAAACGGCAGAGUUUGGCAGGUGUGUUCUGGGCACCGUAUAAGAUAAACGAGGAAGACGUAUAGAAGGUAAUUAAAGCUACUAAGCUAUAAUAUUAACUUCUCUCUCUCUUAUAGUUUCUUUAAGGUAUUAGUGUUUUCUAGAAAUUAGUAUAAAAAGAAGGAAGUUACAACUAUUUAUAUAGGUUUUAU